CAGUGGCAGAGAAAAAGGAAAGCGAGGGGAUCAGGCGGUAGAGGCAGAGAGCGAAAGGAUUGGGAGGGUAAAGCAGAAUGUGGAAGUGACAUGGCGUGGCAGCAUGACAAUAUAAGGGGCUCUCGGUCCAUCGAAAUGUGUUUUAUUGCGCGUAAAGCCGAGACUGAGGAGUCGAGUUAACUGUCUGGAGGAUUUUCAUUUCGCUUUGCUUUGGUUUUUUGCCCGUUUAAUCUGUGCGCACUUAACGUUUCUGCUGGGCAGUAUCUGCAGAGAGAAGUCUGGGGCUAACAACCUCCGUCUGACAGAAUAAAAGGUAUCUCAGUAUGAGUCGAGAUGUGUGGGCAAAGAAGAGAGCCAAUGCCAAUGAUGACAAUGGUUGGGCUGAAAGGGGUGGCUACAUGGCCGCCAAGGUUUCCAAGCUCGAUGAGCAGUUUAAACUUGAUGCCCCCAGAGAAAAACAGAAGGAUGGUGCAUCCUCUAACAUCUUUAGUGGAGUGGCUGUGUAUGUCAAUGGAUACACAGAACCAAGUGCAGAUGAGUUACGCAGACUGAUGAUGCUGCAUGGUGGCCAGUUUCACACAUACUACUCGCGCUCCAGAACCACUCACAUUAUUGCCAAUAAUUUGCCAAACAGUAAAAUUCAAGAGCUCAAAGGGGAAAAGGUCAUCAGGCCAGAGUGGAUCACUGACAGUAUCAAGGCUGGACGUCUCCUUCCUUACCUCCAGUACCAGCUGUAUGCUAAGCAGAAAGGUUCACUUUUUGCUGGCAUGAAUUUGCGCCAGACCUCAGAGAUUGUAGGACCCAGCCAUGGCCUGCCUCAGCACAGCAUCAAUCAAAAGCUUUAUCUGCCACAGCGCAGCAUUCAGCACUCUGUUCCCAACACUGAACAGUCCCCAUCCAGCUGCCAGAGUAACUCCAUCCCUAACUCGAGCCGCAGUCAGGGCAGCUUCCACACUCAGUUCAUCCAGCACAACACUCUGCAAUGUAGUAUCAUAACACCUCAGUCUAGUCUUCAAUACGAGAGAGUUGGCCAGCCACAACCUCAGAUCAACUCUUCCUGCCAAACUCCUCAGAGCAGCUGCAAGGAGGGGGAAUUAAAACUAAAUGGAUUAUUAAGGACCUCAGUGGACUUGAAGAGCCAUUCAAAAGUGGACAAAAUGCAAGACUCUGUAAAUGAGAAUCCUUGUCUACAUGGAGCCCCGCAAGUGUUAAAGGAGGCACCCAUGACAAAUGGACACACUCACCUCAUUAAUGGUGCCUUAAAGGCAGGGGAUCUCUCCCUCGUUACAGAGCAGUAUGUUGACAAGGACCUGCUUCAACGCAGAGUCAAAUGUCCAGAAUCUAAACCUCUGAAUCGUGCAGCCAAUUGUCAUACCAAACUGGACCCAUAUGAGUUCCCCCACAGUCCUCCAAAUCAAUCUGAGCAGGCCACUGUCAUCCAAGAGCAGUCCAGCCUCAAAGAUGUCAAUGAGAGGGGACCUAAAGCUUCUCCACCCACCUACCAGGAGGCUCAACAAGCUAAGGAGACACCCCAACCAUCACCCUGGCCAUCCUGUGAUGUUGAUUCACGUUCUGAAAAGAGUCUUUCACAUUCUCCUAUUCGACUGAACGGAAGUCACCACAAUGCCUUUUCAUUUGACCCUGCCUCACUGAACACAAACAAUUUAACAGCCAAAACUGAUCCUUCCACUGACAAGACGUCUUCAUCCAAGUCCUCAGCACAGCUGCUGGCUCAAACAGAUAAUUUGAUUUCUGAGUUCUACUCGCACUCACGUUUACAUCAGAUUUCCACAUGGAGGACUGGCUUUUCUGAAUAUGUCAAUGAACUGCAUAGCAAACGGAGAACAGUAGGGACUGUCUCCUUCCCCGGGAAAGACCGACUGAGGAGAAAUAUGUCCCGGUGCUUUAUUGACAGUCAAGGUACAUCAGCAGCAGUAAAUGUUAAGUCUUGUAUUCUCCAUGUGGACAUGGACUGUUUCUUUGUGUCCGUGGGGAUCCGCCAUCGACCAGAGCUGAAAGGGAAACCAGUAGCUGUAACUAGUAACCGAGGACAGGGCAAAGUACCGUUGAGACCCGGGGCCAACCCUCAGCUGGAGAAGCAGUACUAUGAGAGGAAACAGAUUCAGGCUAAACAUGGGAGGGAUGAAGAGGAUCUGCACAGAACUCCUUCACAGGAGAGUCCUGGUUCCUGUGCUAAUGGAGUAGACCAGGAUGCUGCAGCUCUCUCAAUGGCAGAGAUUGCAUCCUGCAGUUAUGAGGCCAGGCAGGCAGGUGUUAGAAAUGGGAUGUUUUUUGGAAAAGCAAAACAGUUAUGUCCCUCACUUCAGUCUGUCCCAUAUGACUUUGAGGCCUAUAAAGAGGUGGCUCUCACAAUGUAUGAGAUUCUGGCUGGUUAUACCCAUGACAUCGAGGCUUUGAGCUGUGAUGAAGUGCUGAUAGACGGUUCUGCUCUGGUAGCUGAGCUAGGCAUCAGCCCAGAUGAUCUGGCGAGUGCCAUCAGAGCAGAGAUCAAGGAGAAAACUGGAUGUUGUGCUUCUGUAGGAAUGGGUUCAAACAUCCUGUUGGCUCGGCUGGCAACACGUAAAGCCAAGCCAGAUGGGCAGCAUUUCCUAAAGUCUGAAGAAGUGGACGAUUUUAUAAGGGAUUUGUCAGUAACCAGCUUACCAGGAGUUGGGCCUGUUAUGGGCAGAAAGCUGGCUGCUAUAGGGGUUAGGUCAUGUGGGGACCUUCAACAGGUGUCGCUGUUUCAGCUUCAGAAGAAGUUUGGGCCUCGAACUGGACAAACCCUUUUCCGAUUCUGCAGAGGUCUAGAUGAUCGUCCUGUCCGUUAUGAGAAGGAGCGGAAAUCUGUCUCAGCUGAGAUGAACUAUAACAUUCGCUUUACUAAGGUUGAUGAAGCAGAGUGCUUCCUGAAUAACUUGUCCAUGGAGGUGCAAAAACGUUUACAAGAAGCAGGACUCCGGGGUCGCAGAGUUACUCUUAAAGUGAUGGUUCGCAAGAUGGGAGCUCCACUGGAGCCAGCUAAAUAUGGCGGCCAUGGUAUCUGUGAUAAUCUAGCCAAGACCGUGAUGCUCGCUCAGUCCACAGAUAGUGGUCAGUUGAUUGCAGCUGCGGUUAUCAAGCUGUUCCAUUCCAUGAACCUGCAGGUUCAGGACCUGAGAGGAGUUGGAAUCCAGGUCCAGCUUCUUGAGGGACAUCACUCUGUUCCUCAGGACUCGCGGACACGCUCCAUCAAAGACAUGUUAUUGGGUCAAAGAUUAAGUACACGAUCCAGUAAUAAAGAUGCUGCAGACAAUAACACAUGUAAGGAAAAGACUUCCUGUACCACACUCCCAUCAUCCCCCUCUGCUGAACCAGUUCCUGGAACAAGCAAAGGAAAUGAAGCAUGUAAACGAACUCCAAAACAUUCUCAGUCCCGUCUCAACCUUAGCAUUGAAGUUCCCUCGCCUUCACAGGUGGAUCGUUCUGUGUUGGAGGCCUUGCCCACAGAGCUGAGAGAACAGGUGGAAAAUUCCUGGGCUUUUCGAGAUGGGAGAUCAAAUAACCGACAUUGUCCCAAUCCACAACCCUCCUCUCCUAAGGCCCGUUCCACCUCCCCUCCACAUCUUCCUCCUGGCCCUGCACUGUAUGCUCCACCUGCAGGCACGCUGAUACUACAGAUUCCAAAUCAGCCAGGCAGUCCAGGAAUUGUACUGGAACUACCAAACUACUCGCAGGUCGAUCCGGAUGUUUUUGCUGCCCUUCCCAAAGAGCUCCAAGAGGAACUGAAAUCUGCCUAUAGCCGAGUAACAAAUGCCCAGCCCCAGGCCAAAAUGUCGGAGCCAAAGAAUCCACUUAUGCAGCUUAAACAGUCAGGAAUUGGAAUUGGUCGUGCGAAGCGGCGCUACAAGAGGAAGAAUGCAGUGAGCCCCGUUAAGAAAGGACCCUCCCCUCAGAAGAGACGUCCCACAACAAACAGCCCUGCUAAAAACUUUCCAUCACCUGUGAAACCGAAGGAACCAAGGAACAUUGUAAAGACUGAAAAUGGUCCUUCCACGUCAUCCUCAAAACAAGACCUCACUGAGUCUGUGCCUAAAAUCAUUCCUCGCUGUGCUCCAACACUGGCCGGAGCCUGUGACCUGACAGACAUUAAAACACUUCUGCGUGAAUGGGUCACCACCAUCACAGAACCCAUGGAAGAGGAUAUCCUGCAGGUGGUGAAAUACUGCACUGAUCUGAUUGAGGAUAAAGAUUUGGAAAAGUUGGAUUUAAUUAUAAAAUACAUGAAAAGGAUUAUGCAGCAGUCAGUGGAGUCUGUGUGGAGCAUGGCUUUUGACUUCAUCGUAGACAAUAUUCAGGUGGUUGUGCAGCAAACUUAUGGUAGCACCCUGAAGAUAGCAUGAAGGAGGAGAGCUCCUACUUGCAUACGUAACAUCUGAUGCCACAAGGACGUCCACAGGAGCUGACUGUUGCUCAGGAGGUCGAGUGGAUCAGGUUUGAUCUCCACAAUGCUCAGAACAGACCAGAGUCCUACAUGAGUAAAUAAGAGACAAAUUGUAGAGUGCUUUGUACAAAACGCAGUCCGUUUGGACAUUUUGACAGUAAGCAAUGACAUUUACUUAAAUUGGUCAGUUGAGUUUCAAUAAUAUUAUCACGUGAUUGAUUGAUGCAAACUCUUGAAAUCUCGCAUA